AUGGAACAACAGAAACAUAAUGCAUUGAAUCACAUCCGGGACGAGAUCAUACGAUUGAACAGGGAACAGGCUCUUUUCCAGCAAAAUUCCCAGAGAACUGCAAAUGUGUCAAAGGGGGCGGAUGAGGCCGUCUCUUCGACGGCAAUUACACGCACUGAAGAGAACAAGACAGCUUUUGGCGUUUCUGGGAGACGACAAAAGCGGCACAGAGUCCUCAUGGAUAUGCGACCCGAAAUUGAGCGCUAUUCACGCACCAUCACAGGGCCUACACUGUCUUCAGCCCUCAACACGCUGGAGGCAACCAUGACACGCCGGCACACAGCCUACCCCGGCGCACAACCCUAUUCGGAGUCACAUGCGCGCUUCUGGCUUGACUAUUUUACUCCUGAUUCAUCUUCAUCUCGGCUGAACAAAGCUUCCCGGGCAGCGUGGGGCCCCAAUGGCUUUGGGAUAUUGGUUGCGCAGGGAAAGUGUGAUAUACAUGGGUUGGAAGCAGCGUACCUCGCACAGCAAUCGGAGGGGGUGGUUGCCGAGGGAGAUGGCGAGUCGGAGCAGAGGGGUUGGGAGGCAGAGGUCGGAAGUGAGGAGGAGGUGGAGUUCCUAGCCGCUGUUGCGGUGGAGGAGACAUUGGAACUAGGACUGGAAGAUAUGGAAAUGGAUGAUUUGGACUUGUCCAUCCGGUCACAUAUACCACGAGCGGCCAUGCAGGCUGCCGUGAAGGACAGGCUGGAGAGGGAACGUUUCAUAGGGGAGCUGAAGAGGCAGAUGGCGCAGAAGGGGAGAAUUGGCGAGGAGGAGGGCGUGUGGCCUGGUGCAGAGGAGAGGGGCGAGAUGCUGCAGCGGAUCUUGGUGGAGAAUGCGCAGCUCUUUGCACGCUGGAGGGUGUCACCUCUCUCGAAGCAGUUCGCUUUUGUGCUGGGGCCUAGGGAGUAA